UGUAGACAACAUUUUGCCUUGUAUAAAUUAUGAAAUUCAUGAUAUAUUCGAGUUUUUAAUUUGCAUGGACUUUUAACGAUUCUACGUUAUAAUUCUAAAUACACGCACACACAUACGAAAACAUGUUUUAAAAUAUUUCUUCGUGAUAAAGGGUGAAUAGUUGUUAGAACUGUUACCAUUUUCAAAUCAUCAUGGAUGUGUCAUCGACGGAGUCACAUUUACAGGGGUUUGCGACUUCAGUGUACCCAGAGGGGACGAACUUUCACGGCAUUGUAUACACCGGUUACAAUGACUUCCAUCAUCCAGCGAUUGAGUCUGGCCGACAACCAGACGUUAUGCCGCAGUACCCAUAUUUUGGAUAUUCAUCAGUACAGCAGAACGAACUUGAGAAUGCCUCAUACUGGCCAGCUGGAGAUCUCGGUAUUCACUCCGGAGUACCAGCCUACCCAGUGACCUAUACCAACUCAUCAGACUCUUCACAAGUGAUUGAUUACACUAAUUCUUCUCCCGGGGGACAUCAUGUUAUUGGCAAAAACGGAAAGCCGAAACGCAAAAGAGUCCAAUCGGUAUCUCAGCGUAGAGCUGCUAAUGUUCGGGAAAGAAGGCGGAUGUUUCAUCUAAACGAGGCUUUUGACGAAUUACGCAAGCGCCUUCCCGCGUUUAACUACGAGAAAAGACUCUCUCGAAUUGAAACACUAAGAUUGGCUAUGACAUAUAUUUCGUUCAUGAAAGGUAUCUCUGAAGGGCAAGAUCCACAAACGAUCAAAUUAAGGCCCUGUAAAACUGAAGAAAGCGAGGCCUACAAUUCCAUGAAACGGGAACACACGUGUAGUAGUCCGUAUUACAACAACGAGUCUAUAGAGAAGUGAAAGGAAGGUUUGUGAUAGGAAGAAAAAAUAACCCAAAUAGAGACACAAUAUUCUAUACACGGAUCCUAGAAGUCCUUGAGAAAAAUUACCGAAUGCAGAAAUAUGAGGAUUUUUUUUUUAAAUCGAGAUGUACACUGUAUGAAUGCGGAGACAGUGUGUGUAGAGAAUUUGCACACGAUAGACAUGAAUCGUUUUCUACUCACUCAGUAUGGAUAUAUGCGUUUUAAUAGUUGACCUUAUUAUGUGCUCUAUUGCCUUUGUAACAUGACUGAUACUUAAGAAUUAGAAGUAUCGAAAUUUCCAUGAUCCUGGUGCUGUAUGUAAUACUUGUUUGUAUGAAUCCUAUGUUUGAAUGUAGUUAGUACAUAUGCGAGUCAAACAUUUUCUGAAUUUAAAAAUUCAGAUAUCGACAAAAUCACUUGUGUCUUCCGUAGAAAUAUGAUAACUUUUACCUUGAUGUAAUAAAUUACUUUUUCAACCA